UUCAACAUAAGGGUAAAAAAAAUACGGUUUGCUUAUUUUGAUAAAACUUGUUUAGGGUGGCCUAAAAACGUAUAAACGCUUAAAAUUUUGCUUAUUUUAAUUAAUUACCCUUGUUAAACAGUCUUGGUCAAGAUAAAAAAUGGAGGAAGAAUCCAUCAUACCCAGUACAGUCUCUGAUAUCUCUCUCAGGUUGUUAGAUAUUUCAGACAUAGAUGAUUUCAUGGCGUGGGCUACCGAUUCUAAAGUUGCUCGCUUUUGCAAAUGGGAGCCUUACACUAGCAAAGAAGAAGGCAUAAACUUUAUUAAAGACAAAGUUGCAGCCCACCCAUGGUUCAGGGCAAUUUGCAUCGAUAACAAGCCAAUUGGUUCUAUUUCAGUCACGCCAAAUUCCGGUAGUAGUAAGUGUAGAGGUGAGCUUGGAUAUGCUUUGGCCUGGAGUUACUGGGGCAGAGGGAUUGCUACACAGGCAGUGAAGAUGGUGGCAAAAUCUGUAUUUGAUGAAUGGCCGCAUUUGGAGAGACUAGAGGCUCUUGUUGACAUUGAAAACGUGGCCUCUCAAAGGGUGCUGGAGAAAGCUGGAUUCAAGAAGGAAGGUGUUCUCAGGAAGUACUUGAUUCUGAAGGGAAGAACUCGAGAUUUCGUUAUGUUUAGUCUUCUCUCCACUGAUCCUAAAACUUAAUCAUCUGUAGAUCAUCAAAAUUGAGCAUACAGGAGGGGAAUUUCCACCAUGACCGUCUCUGUUUUGGAAAACUCCAACUUGAUUAGGAUUAAUAAGUCUCCAUAGGGGCGAAAAUAGCCAGAAAAAGGUCCCUUUCUCAGCAAUUACACAUCCUUUAGCCCUGGCGAACUAGUCAACUGAGGCGGCAAUACUUAUAUUUGGCACUUUUCCUGUUUCUCUCUUCAAUAAUUUAUCUAUCAUAUUUCAUUGUCAAUGAAACGCAAAAUAAUUUCUAUUUAUAAUUUAAUUUAAAUUUAAUAA